UUAUUGGCCCCAUGGCGGUUUCUGACAUUAAAUCAAAAUUUAAGCUAAAUCCUCUAACAAAAGUACCCAGCUCCCAUGGCAAGAGGGAUAAAGAUUUACCAGGAUCUCUCCCCUGCCAAAGCAAAGCAAAGAAGCUGAAUGCUUCACAAAUGCAAGCCUUUCAAGAUGCCUACAACUUCUUUAACAAGGAUAAAACUGGCUGUAUUGAUUUACAUGGAAUGAUGUGCACUUUAGCUAAGUUGGGAAUGAAUCUAACCAAGCAUGAUGUCUAUAAUGAAUUAAGAUGUGCUGAUAUUGAUCGAGAUGGAAAGGUGAAUUUCUCAGACUUUAUAAAGGUGCUAACAGAUAAGAACCGCUUCCUUAAGGCUGUGGUUCCAGAAAAGGAGAAAUGUUUAGAUUCAGCUGGCAACCCAGGGAUCCUGUUGUUUGAAAUCCUAUCAAAGCUUGUAGAGACUUCAGCUUUACCCAGAAAGGCUAUAAUGGAAAUAGUAAGCUAUUUCCGAAGAAAAUUCCAAGAUACCACAUCAGGAAUGUCAUGGAGUCCCUACACUCUGGGUUAUGGGAAAAGGAGAUUUAAACCAGACAUAUGCACACCUCCAAGCUCAAGCACAGCUGCCUUUGCUAAUGCUGCCCGAAUUGCAAUAAUGCAAGAAAAGGAUUUACUUAAAUUUCUUGAAGAGCUCAAGAGGUGCAGUCCUCCUUCAGAUAGCCCAUAUUCAAAAAUACCCAUCUUUCCAUUGUUUCCUAAUAUGGAUGGGGUGGUGAUGGGAAAGCCAUUCAAAGACAUACAGAAAUUAGAAAUGCUAAGGAGAAGGGAGCCUCUGGAUUUCUUUGAGAACUACUUUUUCCAUAAAAGAGACUGGAAGACACAGGCAGCAAAUAUAAAGCCUAUCAACCCAGUCUCAGGCUAUCCAAGUGACAUCCUAGCCAUUGACCAAACACUCAAGAAAAAGCAGAAUUGGACAGUGACGGAUGCAGCUGCAAUGAAACAGCACGUGAAGAGAGCUACUGAUGCCUAUAACUUGGGAAUUGCCCUUGAGCACCGGAAAGACAUGCUAAACCUCUGGCGGAAGAUCCGAGGGGAUCUGAUUGGAAUAGACACUAAAAAUGAGUCCUUUUAUGACACCUUUUCUACCUAUACAUGGUCCUGGAAUGUUUGCCAAGAAUUACUUUCACCGAAGGACUUAAGGUUAUAUGAUGCCUACAUGAAUAGGAAUACCUUCCACAACCCUGUAUACUCUUCUUCCUCGGAUAUCAGUGAGUGUGACACAGAGACAGGAAGAAAAAGAAAACGGAAAGGUUUCAAAGGGUUUCGACAAUGAAAUUUCUACAUUUUCUAAACAGCUCAUUGCAAACUACUUUUUCAUAGAUAUCAAAAUUAUGGUUUCUUGCUUUUGUCUAGUACAUUCGUAGCAGCUGGAAAUGUUGACAUCUUUUGGAUUCUGACCAGUAAAAAAGUUUAAGUCAUAAUGUGGUUUCCCUUUCCUAAUUCUGAACGAGUAACUAGAGGCCAUGCGGUUAUCUUCCCAGCAAAUGGCUGCGCUCUGCUGCCCCCACCUGGCUCAAAAGUGCCUGGGCAGAAGGAGAAAAGCUGCACGUGGGCACUUCCCUCAACACAGGGAUGCCCCUCUGAGCCCCUGAGGGCUCUCUCAGCAAUAAGCAUCUGAGUUUAUGAGUUUAAGUGACAUUGGGUUUUUGAUUAUUUGCAAAAGAGGCCAGAGGCAGCAGAUGACAAUGAUCUUUCAGUUCCAGGGAAUAAUAUCACCAUCUCCCAGGGAAUCUUGAUUAAAUUUGGGUGUUCCUAAGGCUCCUUAGUCACACAUCAUAGGGCUGAUCUCUUGAAUCCCUCUUAAAAAUAGUUGAUCUCACCAUUA